UCUAAUAAUGUUAUUAGAUAAUAACCAAUUACAGAGUUCGUUAAAGGUAGAAAAGUAGAAAAGUAAAUAUGAAAAAAAAAACUUCUUCGAUCUACUCGACAUGUAGCGUAACAUCGCUUGACCUGGCGUACCACCCUGUUACCGGCUCUGAAACAUUAAUCCGACACGGUUAUUCAUUAUUAUUAUAAAUUCAGGCACCUGUCAUUAUUCACCGACACGUAUUUAAACACACACGCCCGCAGUUCAGCACUUUGGCAAUUAUACGAUUGUUCCCGAUUAAUAUAGCAUAGACACCGAAUAAAUUAUUGCGAGCGUCCCGAAACAUUGUUAAUGUUAUUUAAUUGUGAAUUUUUUUUAAAAUAUUAAAAUAAAUGAAACAUUAUUAUCUUUUAAUUUGGUUACAUUAAUAAAUUAAUUAGUGACAAGUAGUAAUUUUACCGUCGUUCAAGCUGAAUAGAGAAAAUAGGUCUUGGUUACCAGAGAUACGGGUCAAUAGAAUGGACUUAGGAGACCGGAGGAUCCGUCGUAACAAACCAAAAACCAAAUGUCAUGAGAGAAAAAACAAUCAUAAAGAAACUUAUCAGUGGAAGAUCAAAGGAAAAAUAAAGUGUCCGGACAAAGGGACAACAAAAAUUCAAAAACCUGCUCAGAUCAACCCUCUAAUGACAGUACUGAUGAGUUCUCGGCCUCAACUCGACCAACCAACCAGUAAAAUUCAUGAUGGGACUUGUACUGAAAGAGUGCCGCUGACUGCGUACAGGACCGUGGUCCUGGAACUUCCUGAAAACCUGCAGUAUAAACCAGCCGUAAAGAAGUCAACUCUUGCUUGUAAAUUAGCAACCCGAAAAUGCAUUGUGCCCGAUCCUAAUAAAUUGAAAUUGAGCUUGAGAUGGUAAAUGUACGUGUUGUAAAAAUAAUGAUUAUAUAAUAAGAAUCAGCGAUUAAGUUGUGUCUUUAAUAAACGUGGUCGGUUUUUU